UAUGUGGGAGAGAGAAGGAGAGAGGCAGAGACAGAGACAGAGGGAGAGAGGAAGAAAUUGAUUGGGGGAUAGAGAGAGGAGUGUUAACCCCAGAUGUCAGUCGGUCAGUUGGCCAGUUUUGUCCAACGCCUCUGCAACUUCUCUCUCUACCAUGGCGGAAAAGCAUAACCCACCCCACCACAAACACAGUGUACCAGGUCUGUCAGCUCUGGGGAAGCUGGACCCCAAGGAGAGCGAAAUGAUCAUGGAGUAUUUCAAAACACAGGUGCUGCUGCUGAAGGACAAGGAACUUUUGCAGAAAACGGUGAGAGAAGAGAAGAAGCUGUUGGUUGAGAACGCUAAGCUAAAGAAAGACAUCUCUGACCUGAAGAUUCUACUGACUGAGAAACAACAGAAGAAGAAAGCCAAAGCAGCAGCCGCAUCCAAACUUACUGCCCCGGGGUCCACAGCUGCCCUGUCUGCCCCUGACACCAACCCCAAACCUGGCCCCGUCAGGGAAAGAGAUGGGAGGAGGAGGAGAGGAGAGAGAAAGGGGAAGAGGGAGAGAACAAACUCUGAGUCUGCGUUAGAGGAGGAGCCUCGCAUGGACGUGUCUCGCCUCGACCUGCGGAUUGGUCGGAUCGUUGGCGUCCGCUACCACCCAUUGGCCGGGGCUCUGUAUGUCCAGGAAGUGGAUCUGGGAGAGCCCGCCCCCCGCACGGUGGUCAGUGCGCUACGACACAUUCCUAAGGAACAGCUUCAGGGUCGUCUGGCGGUGUUGCUGUGCAAUGUGCGUCCCUGUCGGGUGAAAGGCGUGGUCUCCACGGCGAUGGUCCUCUGUGGCUCCGCCCCUAACGCCCAUGAUAACGAUGAUGACGCCCAGGUGGAGUUUCUGGAACCGCCCACUAACGCUGUACCUGGCGACAGGGUCACUUUCUACGAUUAUCCUGGAGAGCCAGACCGGGAGUUGAGCCCCAGAGAGAAGGUGUGGGAGCAGAUCCUUCCUGAUCUACAGACGGACUCCAGGGGCGUGGCCACCUACAGGGGGGUGGGGUUUGAGGUGAGGGGGAAAGGCCUCUGUAGAGCCCCAACCCUCACCAACAGCAGUAUCAAAUAAACACGCAGUCAGACACGCAGGGGAACCAACACACACACACACACACACACACACACACACACACACACACACACACACACACACACACACACACACACACACACACACACACACACACACACACACACACACACACACACACACACACACACACACACACACACACACAUGGGAACACACGUGUGGAAACAGACAGACACAUACACACCUUCUGGGUAAGCUUUAAGCUGAUUGCUGUUGUCAGAAUGUGACGAACUUUCAAUAAAGUUUUUAACAAAUGUUGAAA